AUGACUUCACUAAUUACUGGAUAUUUACAAGAUGCCGGUUUGGAUUAUGCUGUAGACAAAUGGAACGAUUUCGCGGGGGAUCAUAUGCAGACCAAAGACCCGUACGUGGAGGAGCUUCCGGACGGUUCCAAGAGGAAGAGGAAACUGCCUGAGGGCGCCACCAAAGAAGAGAUUAAACUCUGGAAGAAGAUUCAAAAACGCGCGUGGCUGGAUGAUAAGUGUUUUAUGGGAUGUUAUCCUGUAGACUGUGGCAUUGGUCUUGGACCACUGGUGAUUCUGCUGCCCGGUAUCGGAUCCAUACUGAUGUACUUGGUGCACUCCAAACUCAUCAGGAUGGCUCAAAGAGGAAUUGAUCUUGAUGGGAAAACGAUUGCCAAAAUGGAAGCGAACAUAGCAUUUGACUUCCUGAUCUCCCUGCCACCCGUGAUUGGAUCAUUGCUCACCUGGUUGAAUGGAUGUUCCACCCGAAACGCCGCCAUUGUCCACACUCAACUCCGCAGAAGGAUUGAAAUGAGAGCCAAAUUGGCUACGGAUCCGUUCCAAGUGGUUUCAAACGAGUAUCAAGGAUACAACCAGCCAGGCAGUCCUGACAUGGCCCACGUGAAUGCACCGCAAAAGACACAUCAAGCGUUCAACGGCUGGACUCGGAGCAAGCAGUACAAUAACAAUAAUACCCUAGGAACUGGCCAACAUUCGGGGGUAUAUGAAUAA